AUGGGACGAGGCAUCCUGCGGAAGAAGGGAAUUGUGGGAAGAUUAGCUGUGGAUGGAGCAAGUAACAUCGAGGGUCCCCACAUGGUUCUGGACACUGGGUUUGCUGGGCUGGAGCAGAUAAGCAUUGCCAAGGAGGUGCCAGACAGCAAGAUGGCAAUUCAGGUUGGGUCUCCUGUUAUCAUGCCGGGGCAAGACCCAGCGAAGCAGCACCCCGAACAACAAGAACGGAAGGGCAGCGAGAAAGAACCCGGGAGGGGCAGGCGCGCUGCAGCAAUGCACGCGGCAGAAGCCAUUGCCGCCCAGGCUGAGCAUGCAGGCGAUGUGGAGGGCGACAGUGCAGACGGGGGAGAGUGGCAGGUGGAUGACGAAGAGAUGCCGGCCAGGGAGAGCGGCCGGGGUUCCUUCGACCCCGUGAACUCGCCAGUCAUCAAGGGGCCGCGCACCGCUCGCAAGAAGAACUCCGAGCACCUGGCAGGCGGCUUUGCAAACAGCAUGCUGCUGAGGCAGCGAAGCAGCUUGCCGCUGGAGGAGGAGGCGGCGCCGGCCGACCGCGGCGGCAGCGCAAGGCCGGCCCCAACGACAGUGACGGUGCAGGCGGGGCACGACGAGGCGCUCAAGGCGACGCUGGUAGAUAAGGCGGCGGCAGUGCGCGACAUCACGGGCGCAGCAAUCGACCGGGGGAUCACUUUGCGCGAAGUGCUCAAGGGCGGCGCGCUGCGGGGCCAGCCAGUGUUCUUCCAGUCCCGCCACGGCGACCUCCUGCUCAACGGCAGCAUCACAGAGGAGGGGCAGAUUGCGUGCCCCUGCAAGCAGUGCCGGGCGAAGAAGACGCCAGGCGUGAGCUGCAGCGAGUUUGAGGAGCAUGCCGGCAGCAGAGAGCGCCGCCCUGGAGAGUCCAUUUACCUCACCAAUCUCUCUAUCUCGCUGAAGGAAUUCUGUGCGCUGGUGAACGAUGAGGGAAGGAGCGCUGACAGGCACGGCAGUGCCUGUGGCCUGUGCAUGGACGGCGGAGACCUGCUCUGCUGCGACGGCUGCCCCACCGCUGUGCACGCCUACUGCGCUGGCCUCGAGGAGGUUCCAGAAGGGGACUGGUUCUGCGAUGCAUGCGUGGCGAGGGGGGCUCAGCUCAAGGCGAAGCCGCUGCCCAGCCCGCAGAAGCCCUCAAAGCCCGCCAAGUGGCGCCAGCCCAAGCAGAAAGCGCCAAAGGAGAAGAAGCACGGCGGCUCGGGCGCUGCCAAGAAGGCAGCGCAUGCCGGCGCCCCCCGCGUGCACAUGGCCGCCCCCGCGCUGCGUGUGGUGUCGGGCGCGCGGCGGGAGCGCAACUCCAACAAGCACAAGCGCCUCUUUCUGCCCGACGAGCCCGGCGGCCUCACGGAUGGGGAGCCGGUGUCGUACAUAACGAGUCAAGGCGAGGAGCUGCUGAAGGGCAGCGUGCGCAUCGACGCGACGGAGGCGGGCCCCUCGGGCAUCCUCUGCGCCUGCUGCAACGGGGUCAUCUCCUGCUCCCAGUUCGAGGCCCACGCCGGCCGCGGGUCGCGCCGCGCGCCGUACGACAACAUCUUCACCGCCGCCGGCGUGUCGCUGCGCAAGCUCGCCUGCCUCAUGCCCGCCAGCGAGGCCGAGUCUCCUAUCUCACACCGCCCCGCUGCCCUCUGCGCCGUUGCCGACAGGCGGGCGUUGGAGCCGGAGCUGGUGACAGUGUCGGGGGAAGCGGCGCUGCACGGUGGGUGCGUUCUGUGCAAGGUGCCGGACUUUCUGCGCGGCGGCUUUGGCGAGCGGACGAUGAUCAUCUGCGACCAGUGCGAGCGCGAGUACCACAUCGGCUGCCUUGCAGAGCACGGCCGCGCCCACCUCACAGAGCUGCCCGAAGGCAAGGCCUCUCUUUAUGACAUCCUCUUGACUCUGCACUUAAAUGGCGAGUGGCAUUGCUCGCCGGAGUGCAAGGGCAUCGCGACGCGGAUGCGGGAGCGCGUGAGCAGCGUGCCGGUGCCGCUGCAGGGCGAGUACAGCUGGCAGGUGCUGCGCGGCAAGGACGGCACCCACGCCACCACCUGGGCCCUUAAGGCCGCGCAGGAGAUCUUGACGGAGUCGUUUGACCCGAUCCUGGACCUGGUGACGGGUGCGGACCUGAUGAUGGCCAUGGUGUACGCCCAGGAGCUGGGCGACUGGGACUACACCGGCAUGUACACCGCCGUCCUGCGCCGCCGGGGCAAGGCAGUGUGCUCGGCGGUGUUCCGGGUGUUUGGGAGGCAGCUGGCAGAGGUGCCGCUGGUGGCAACGCGGCUGGGGGCGCGGCGGCAGGGCCACGCGCGCGUCCUCAUGGCCGCCUUUGAGGACUACUUCCGCUCCCUGGGCGUCCAGUCCCUGUGCCUGCCCGCCGCGCAGUCCACUGUGGAGACCUGGAUCCACGGCUUUGGCUUUGCGGCCAUAACCCCCGAGGAGCAGGCCGCCACCUGCUCCGAGCUGCGCGUCCUCAUCUUCCCAGGGACGGAGCUGCUCCAGAAGCCGCUCAACCCCACUCCGACACUGGAGAUGGCUGAGCCAAGCGUGCACGCUCAGGAUGCUCCUGCAGUCACAAAGGAGGCGCCAAAGGCCGCCAAAGAGGUGGCUGGAGACAGCAAGGGAGCUGUAGCGGCCAUCGAGGAAGCUUCCCUUGAGAAGGCUGAGGCGCAGUCGGGCGAUGCAGCAACACGUCCAGUCACUGCAGCGGAGCCAGGGGAAGGCGGCUUGGAGGCAAGCAGGCCUGAGCCAUCUUCCCAUACGAAGCCACAGGCUGCAGAGACGCAGCCCAGCACAGCACCAGCAGCAGAGGCACCAGACAGCGGCGAGCAGCAGGAAGCGCAAGCCGCGCCGGAGCAGGCAGCCCAGGGCCGCGGCAGGGGCAGAGGCAGGGGCAAGGCAGCUCAGGCGCCACUGCACAGGAAGGCGGCCAGCGGAGAGCGGCGCAGCAACCGCCUGGGCCCCAGUGGCAACUGUGGCCCCAGCAGUGCACCAGCCGUGCUACCGACAGCGGAGCCCCCCAGCCACACACCUGCAGCUGAAGCCAUUGCCGUGCCAGCAAAGGCCGUGUCAGCAGAGGCCCCCCACGACCCCGCUGCUGCCGGUCCGGAAGCACCAGGGGCAGCCCGUACUGCUGAAGAUACAGAUGCGCCGGCGGCCAAGCCAGUUGCUGCGGGUGUGGAUGAGGGGUUUGCCGCAGCGCCUGGCGAGCAGGCAGAUCCGUCGGCUGCGACGUCGCCGGCGUAUGCCAAGCAGCUGCCCAGCGAUGCAGAUGCGCGCAGUGCGGACACGCAGACAGAGAAGGGUGCGGAGGCAAGCGGUGGCAGCAGCGCCGGGCCGGCGACUGCCAAGAAGCCGCCGAGGAAGUCGCUGGGGCUGCUGAGGGAGGUUCUGAGCCUGGGGUUCUCAGCCCCCAGCGAGAGCGCCCCUCUGUUCCCAGUCACCUGGGGCGGCUCGGCGGAGAGCACGCGCUCCCGCUCCCAGACGACUGGGCGGCCCUCCUUCUCUGGUGCCCCACCCGCAUUGGGGGGUCGCAGCAGCGCAGCAGAGGACGACACCAAUGCCAAGCGCACACCUGCCAAGGGGCCGGUUGCUCCCGCAGAGGACCUGAGCGGAGUCAACCAAGGAGCCCCACGCAGGACUCGGCAGGCUGCCGCCUCAGAGAAAAGCAUGCGCAUAGUAAAGGGUGCUGUGUGA